UUGUACAGUAGAGCAUCAGACGUCGACCGAACGUGGUGUUACGAAAAAAUUUCGUUUCUCAAAAAGAAUUGAUAUUCGUUUUUCUUUAAAAAAAAAAAACAGCGUGUUCUAAUCAUACAUAAAAAUAUUUGAACCGGAAAUUGAACGAUUUUUAAUUUGUGAAAAGAAAAUCUUAAAAAAAAAUCGUUUUGAGAAAAAAAAAACUUUUUUUGCCUAUGUAAAUGCAACAUUAAAUACAAAUAAUAAUUCCUUAUCGUCUUUCGUAAUAAAUGCACCGUGAAAAGAUAUUGAAUUAAUUAAAUGAAAUUUUGAUAUAAAAUCGGCAUUUCGAAUCGCAAGUGACUGAGAGACAGAGAUAAAACAUAAUCUGGUGUUCUUUUGCAAUCUCACUUUAAGACUAUAAGACUAUCACUUUAGUGAAUAAUUAUAGCAUUUCAAACCAAUAUGCCCAAUAUAUACACGACAAUCCGUGAAACGUGAUUUAAGAACACAUUAAUCGUUGAACAAUUAAAACAAAAAUAGUGAAACGGGGGAAAAGAGGAGGAAAAACAGUUCUCUUAGCGUAUAGUCGAACUUCGUACUUAUGUCCGAUGUUGAAGAUAAUAAAUAUUAUAAGAGAUUACUCAUUCGGACUACUGAUAUAAAAUAUACAAACAAUUCGGUUACAUAGCAUUUGAUCGGAACGGUUGAGAGCCGUGAGAAAAAAAAGUUUAUUGAGUGAAGGAAACGGUUUUAUUUUGUGUGUUUUCUUUUAACAUUUCUCCGUAUUUUCUUUGAGGGUAGAACAAACAAACGACAAUGGAUUCAUAUUUAUAUUUGGCAGUAGCAUUGCUGCUCGCAAGCUCAAUUAAUGGACGUGCCAUAGACGACAUGGACAAUUCCAUAAUGGGUAGCAACAAUAACGACGGGAAACUGUUUGCCGAACGCGAUUGGGUAGAAAUUAGCCUCGCACCACCACCCAAACUAAUUCAACAAGCUGGCAAUAGUAUCGAAUUAGAAUGCGAAGCGACUGGUUCACCGCAACCAACCAUCCAUUGGAUACGUGGCAACAAUCCGCACAAUAUUGUUGAAAACUUUAACGUGAUAACCGAGACCAGUCCAAAUGCAUUGGUGCGCGUACGAUCCCGAUUGAUCAUCGAACACACCAGCUCAUCGGAACGAACGUUCACUUGUGUCGGCCGGGCUGGUAGCAAGACUGCAUUCGAAUCGACGACCAUUUAUGGUGCACCGGGACAUAAAUCACACAAUCUCACUGAACUGCUGUCGCUGAACGGUGGUGCUAAGAAGGCCAGAAUCGUUUUGUACUACAGUGCCUUAUUCGAUACAAUCGGUACGAAUGUUGUACUGCCAUGCAAAGCGGCCGGCCGACCAAAUCCGGAAAUUUACUGGUUGGAUCCAGAUGAUAAUGUAAUUAAUGGACGCGAUCACCGAUUACGAGUACAUCCGUCUGGUUCAUUGCAUAUAUCGUCGUUGCGAUGGUCCGAUAUGGGAAGUUAUACAUGCAUAGCCAAAAAUCCGCUAGAUAAAGAUUCGAUCUCAACAUUCGUCUAUCCGGUAGCGAAUGAAGAUUCGGAGAAGUAGAAAUUUCGCAGGACGCUCCCAAUUACACUAUAUUAUCACCUGUAUACUUAACAGAAACCAAUCUAACAAUUCCUAACUUAUGCCAAUUAGCUGUAAAAUGUGUUAAAUAAUUUAUUAUUUCUAGUUUUUAACAAAAAGAACAAAAACCAUUCAGUUGUACACACCGUAAGGUAUUUGAGAAACAAAAGAAAAAUUAUAACAAAAAAUUUGAAAUUGUAAUUUUCGUUUAUUUAUUAACUUUUUUUAUGUCUCUAUCGUUGGAGUACAUACUUCAAUGAUCUCAAUAGAAUUUAAGAAAUUACGUUUUUUGUGUGAGUGAAAAAAAAAUUAAAUGGCUGAUUCGACUGAUGAUUUGAACAAUAAAAAUCAUGAGACAAUUCAGGU